CACUGAUAUCAGAUCUAAAGGCAGAGUCAUCAGUUAGGGUGUAAACCGAAGUCCGUUACUCGUAAACGUUUCCUUUGAGAGGCUUUUGAGACAACGAACGAAAGAUGGUGUGCUACAAGAAGUACUUCUUCAUUUCUCUCUCAUUUUGUCUAUCAGUUAUGACUGACUUCUCGAAAGCGCAGUGCAUAAAACCCACCGGUGGUGAUCACAUGGUUUUGGAUGACAGUGACAUCAUAAAGGAUUCCUUUGAAAAUGGUUCUGUUGCCACCUUUAAAUGUGUGCCAGGCUACGUCCAUCAAUCAGGAAGAACAAAGAUAAAGUGUGAAGGGACCUCAUGGACGGAACUGACACUCACAUGUACAAAGAAAUCAUGUGGACACCCAGGGGACCUUCCCAAUGGAAGAUAUGUAUUUUCCCCAGAAGGUGAAGAGGGACUGCUAUUUGGUGCAACUGCCACAGCCGUUUGUAACAAGGGAUACCGGCUAACGAGCCAAAUAAGUAAAAGAAAUUGUGUAGCUACUGGUUGGGAUGGUAGAACUCCUACCUGUGAAGUGGUGAAAUGUGAAGCACCUCCAGCUGUGGUCGAUGGCAAUUUGGUCGACCCACCCCAGGAAGUGUAUGGAUAUGGACAGGCAGUUACGUACACGUGUAAUGAUGGUUAUACUCUCUAUGGAAGUGCAACUAUUGCUUGUUCUGAGAAUGGAAAAUUCCAGCCCGAUCCUCCUCAGUGCUUAGAUGUUUCUUGCGAGCGCCCUGUUGUCACAAACGGAAUUCGGGUUUCAGGAGGCUCAGGACCGUACACAUAUAAGAGCACCCUCGAGUUCAAGUGCAAUGAAGGCUACAGAAUGAACGGUUCUGCAGAAAUAACAUGUGAAAUAGGAGGCUGGGAUCCCAGUCCUCCACAGUGUUUAGUUAUUCCAACCAGCACACCAAAACCUACAGUGACUCCAACUAGCAGAACAAAACCUACAGCUCUUUCACCAAAGCCUUCAACCACCCUUUCAACCAAAAGCCCUGAAUCUACCACUAAAACAUCCACAGGGAAAGGCUCAGGUGACGGUCAUCCGUCAAAUAACAUAGGGAAGAUCGUUGGUGGGGUCAUUGGUGGAUUAGCCGGUCUUGCUGUAAUUGCUGGAGUUGCCUACUGUUUAAUCAACAAGAACCAGUCUGAAAAGGCUCUUAGGAACAUAACCACACCUUAGUGUCUCCCAACCUCUAUAUCAGGGACAAGCAUGGAGUUAACUGCAUGUAUAUAUACACCACAGGCCCAAGACUAUGCUGGAUCUCUUCCAAAUCAUUUCCUCCCAUACACCCAAAAUAGAAAGUAUAUGCAGUUAAACCAUUACAUGCUUGUCAUGCAAGCAGCUCAACAUUGCAGACCUGUUAUAGCUGUAAGUGACACACAAAUGUGACUGUGUGAAUGUUUCCUCAUGGGUUUUAACUGGAUUAUUUGUCUGCUCUGAAAGUGUCUGCAGAUUGUAAAGGUUCUCCUCUUCCCUCUCACAGGGGCCAUGGUUUGACCUCAGUCUUGGUUAGGGUUAUCACAGCAUGAUAAUCAGCUUUUGUCUCACAAUUUUAGAUUUCAUCUACCAACAGCAGUGCUUACCUCUAGUGGUAUCUUUUGUUUGUUUUUGUUUUGUUUUUUCUUAAAUUCAUUUUCUUGUCUGUAAAUUCCGGCACAGUCCCGAUGCAUGAAAGUCAUGCCACAGGAAUGUAGAGUCCUAAUAUUUUCAUCAGAAAUGACAAACACACACUGAGCGGCUCUUGUUCAAUUUUUAUUUUUGAUGUUAUGUAACAUGGUUGUCUGGUUACAUAUUGUACCUGCCAUAUCUAUAGCAGCCUAGGCGGAGCUUGUCAAUACUUUACUGUAACAGUAAGAUGUAACAGAAUGAAAGAGGUGAUGAUUAUUACUGUAUUAGAGCUGUGUGCUGUUUUUUUUUUUACUUGCUGAAGAUGUUUAGUUGUGGUCCAGUGUUAUUUACAGUAUUUAACCUAGACAUCCAUUUGGAUCAACCACUUUGAGCCAUUUCUGUAGUUUUUUUUUUUAGUAUUCAUUAGGAAACGUCACCAUUCCUGUGCCUUAUUGUCAGCCAAAGCAAAAAAAAAAAAAAAUCUGAAUUUUCUAUUGGAACAAAUAAAAAAAAUGCACUGCCCUCAUCACUAAUACUUUAUUUGAAAGGUCAAAGCACCUUAAUGUGGCGAGUAACUAAAAUGAUUUCUCAGCACUGCUUCUCACAUGGGAGAUCUGAGAGUGUGAUACAUGGGCUAGCCUGACUGUUUUUUGUUGUUGUUUUUGUCGAUGUUGUUGUUGUUGUUUUUGUUUGUUUGUUCGUUCGUUUGUUUUUCAGUUCAUUAGUUUGAAUGUGUAAAAUGGUUAUAGCACUUUUUAUCACUUUUUAUAAAGGUUGGUGUUCCUGUUCUUGCUGCUUUAUAUGAUUAAAUCUGUGUCAAAAGUAUCUGAAAAGUAUGUAAAAAUAACACUUAAUACUAUCUUUUGUUAUGAAUGGAUAGAAUGUAAGUUGAGUUUAUGAAGUUAAAUUUAUCCACGCGUUCAUGAAGUUGAGUUUUCCCUAAGUGUUAGAAUUAUUAGCCUUUAAUUUAUCUAUUUAACUGUAUCAAACAACAGAACAGUUUGUGCUAAAUAGGCAUCUGUUUAUCUCCUCGUCCGACAGCUGAAUUACCAAUCACCAGUUACUAGCUGUUCUGUGUAAAUUGAUAUGACCUGAUCACAUUGUGUGAAAUUUAUCUCUAUUUUAAUACCUCUGUAAGCUCUUCAUGUUAGUGUUGAUUUUUUUUUAAGUAUGUUGACUCUUGUAUAUCACUUUGUUGGCUGUGUAUGAGAUCCACUGUUGUAGUUAUUUUACUCCUACUAUAUCCCGCCCUUUCCUUGAAUAUUUACUGAGAACUGCUCUGCGAAACACGUUUGUGUCAUUGGAUUCAGUGAUUUAUUGUCACUGUCUAAUUUUUAGAUGCCACUAAGACCUUGACAAGGGUUUCUAAACAAAUUACUGUUUAAUUGGUUGCUAAAUAGGUGGGCUCAUAGUCAUUCAUUGCCUCCAGUGAUCUGCCACAUUACCUAUUGUCGUGGCUGUGCACGUUACUGCAAAAUCUCAUUGCUUUGUUUGCACUAUAACUAAUCUAAAUAAAGUUACAUGGAUUCCUUACGGUGGCAUUGUUUCCCUUUCCUUCUUUCUUUUUUUAACCAUUUUUUGAGCAGCCCUCAUGACGUGUUUAAUCAUCUGUUCUGGCACAG